AUGGGAACCACUAUUCCUGUUUUCCAUACAAUCCAAGAAUACAUCGUCCCCAUUUGCUUACCUCCUACAGCAACCUACCAAAACCUGGCCUCGAAGAUAUUCUGUUUAUGCUGCCGGGACUGUGAGGAAGCCGUCAUCGAGAGCUCCAAGCCUCCCAGUCAAACCCAAGAGAAUCGGCCACCAUCCUACAGUUCGCAGACUCAGAAGAAUGAGUUAAAUACACCAAAUCGCAAGUACACUAAUACCCAGUUCCCCACUGGUCAAGAGAAGAGAUUCUCUUCCAGCAGCAGCGAGUUUGAAGAGCUGACUGCAUACAACAUACAAACAGGAUACCCUAAAAAAAAUCUAAACCGCUACUGCCAGGAACACUGGGCCUUCCGGCCGUGCCUCAUCGGGAGACCCUGAGGGUUCUAGUGGCGGUAUCACACGGGCUCUGCGCUGUGCAGCUGCUGGAGGGUUUGCAUG